AUGUCACUGGAACGCGAGAGCGUGGGUGGAGUGCCCGGUGUUGGUGCUAUGAGUGUCGUGGGUCUUCCCAGCUCAGGAGGCUCCUCCUCUGAUCCGCGCUCGCAGCUCCUGCAAGAGAUGAGGGAGCAAAACUUUGACCUUAUAAGAUUUGCAUCAUAUAGAACUGCCUGUAAACUCCGCUAUGUCCAAAAGAAGUGCAACUUACACGUUAUAGAUAUAUGGAAUGUAAUAGAAGCAUUCCGAGAAAAUGCUCUCAACACAUUAGAACCUACUGCUUGUGUGAAUGUCACAAGAUUGGAGACACUUGUUUCAUCACUGUAUCAUAACCUUAACAAGAGAUUGCCACCAGCACACCAGGUGUCUGUGGAAGCAUGUUCAGCAUUAUUGCUAAAUUGGUUACUGUCUGCAUAUAGUACUGGUGAAAAUGUUGGAAAAAUUAGGGUAUUCUCAAUCAAAGUGGCCUUAGCUACAAUGUGUGCUGGUAAAUUAAUGGACAAAUUGAGAUACAUAUUCUCCCAGUUGUCGGACGGCAAUGGUCAUUUACUAAUGAAGAGGCUGUCGGAUUACCUUCGCGAAGUGUUGGCAUUGCCAGCUGCCGUCUACGAGUCUCCAUCCUUUAAUUACACCGAUGCUUUGGCACUUACUAUAUUUAAUCAGCAAAAUGGAAAAAUCACGGUAAAUGAUUUCCUGGACACGUUGAUGUCGGACCCCGGGCCACCUUGUCUUGUCUGGCUGCCUCUACUCCAUCGCAUGGCUAGUGCAGAGAAUGUUGUACACCCCCUGGCAUGCAGUGCGUGUCGACGUGCUUCCCUUACGGGGUUCCGUUACCGCUGUACGCGCUGUGCUAACUACACGAUGUGUCAAGACUGCUUUUGGCGAGGACGAGUGUCGGGAACCCAUACUAACGAACAUGAGGUCAAGGAGUAUGCAGCAUAUAAGUCCCCGUCUAAGCAGAUAGGCGCGACUCUCCGCAAGUCGUUCCGUUGUGUCCCGGAGCGUGCUCGAGCGCAACUACCUCGCUACCCCGACCAACCUGAGCGCACGCUCAAUCUUAGCCAUAUCGUUCCACCGUCGCCGGUGCCGGCACAUAACGGCUUCCCGGAGUACGUCGGAGGGUACGUCAACACUGGAUCACUGGAUUCGCGUUCUUCGAGAUCUACACAUAGAAGCAUAGCGGAGCAUCUAUCUCGUGGCGUGGACGACGAACAUCGGCUCAUAGCGAGAUACGCCGCGAGACUUGCGCAUGAGAACAGGACUAUGCCCCGAGCAGGAAGAUCGGCGUCACUCACUCCAGAAUUAGGUCGUUCGUCUUCGGAAGGUUCCGAGGUGGACGCAGCCAGACAACAGAGAGAGCUUAUCUCACAACUAGAAGCCAAAAACAGGGAAAUAAUGAGAGAGAUUGCCAGACUCCGACGUCAACAAGAAGCGGAAGCAAGUGCAGGUGGCGGAGUUACCUCCGCUCCGCUAGUGUCGGAGUUACGUUUACUGCGACAAAGGAAAGAUGAACUAGAAGGACAUCUGUCCUCGCUACAGGAGUCAAGGAAACAUUUGAUGCAUCAGCUCGAAGGACUCAUGAGGAUGCUGAAGACUCAGCAGUCAUCACCGCGGUCAACUCCGAACUCUUCACCCAGGUCUACUAAGAGUCCGCCAUUACCAGGACAACAACCACAGCCCAGCGCGCCUGAAAGGGAGCCAACCUCAGUACCGCGCGGGACCGUCCGAAGCGCCCCCCAGACUCCUUCGCUAGGGGAGAGGGAACGCAUUGAUAUGUCGCACAGUCUUGGUGGUAUGGAAAGCAUGAAUAGCGAAGGGAGAAACUACCAUCAGAACCAGAGACCUACCACGAUGGGCAUAGACAACCGUAGUCUGCGCAGCGACCUGCUGUACGCGGCGGACUCUGUGACCAACGCUAUGUCGACACUCGUCAGAGAACUCAACUCCGUUGACGAGUAUUUAGAUGACCUAGCUAAAAAGGAAAGAAAUGGUUUGAGAGGAGCGCGAGGUGGUAACAAGUUAUGUGGACGACUCCAAGUAUUCGAGAAGACCCCAGAAGAAAAAGUGAAACAUGAUUAUGCUUAA